GCUCAGAUUCAAGAUGACCAACGAAGAACCUCUUUCCAAAAAGGUUCGACUGAGUGAAACAGACUUCAAAGUUAUGGCGCGAGAUGAGUUAAUUCUGAGAUGGAAACAAUAUGAAGCAUAUGUUCAAGCUUUGGAGGCCAAGUACACAGAUCUUAACUCAAAUGAUGUAACUGACUUAUGGGAAUCUGAAGAAAAGCUAAAGCAGCAACAGCAAGAGUCUGCAUGUAGGGAAAACAUCCUUGUAAUGAGACUAGCAACCAAGGAACAAGAGAUGCAAGAGUGUACUACUCCAAUCCAGUACCUCAAGCAAGUCCAGCAGCCGAGUGUUGCCCAACUGAGAUCAACAGUGGUGGACCCAGCAAUCAACUUGUUUUUCCUGAAAAUGAAAGGUGAACUGGAACAGACUAAAGACAAACGGGAACAAGUCCAAAAUGAACUGAGUGCCUGGAAGUUUAUCCCUGAUACAGGCCUGAUGCCAUCAGACUAUUCCGAAGAAGAGGCCACCUUCGAAAAAUUUCCCUUCUACAACAUGUAGACACUUGAGAAAUGUUUCUGUUUGAAGAAAAUAGAGGGAGAAACAGAAGUCUUUAGUAUGUGGCACACUGUGUCUUCAGACAGUUUGGAGGAUUGAAAACCUAGAGAUUUCAAAUCAUGAAUUGAACAUGUAAAAUUCCAGUUAAAUGUAAAAACGGAAUAUGCAUCGCUCUUAACCUUCAGCAUAGUGACUUAGAGACACUGUAUAUCAGUUUUGCCAAUAAGACUGUGGGCUUCAUGAUUGUUGUUGAACUUCUGGGUCAAAACUCAA